AUGGGAAGAAGAAUGGAAAGUAAAGAUUUUGUUAAGACCCCGGGAAAAACGUGUCCUGGUCGUGCAGGUUCGACAAAUGCAACAGAGCAAGCGGAGAAUAUGAUAAACACACUUACCAUCGGUGCGAGAACGGAUCCUAGCCUAGCGCCGACAUUACAAACAGCUCGAGCCAUAUUCCUGACUACAGUAGGAAACAGUUCUGCCGAGUAAAGAUGAUUAAUCUUCCAAGCAGGAUCUAGUGCUGCCGAGACGAUCAAGGAAAAUGCAACCAACGACCAGUGACCAGCAGAAACUCCAUACGACUGACUUAUAACCGUUAACCAUGCACAAAGGCAGGCUACACCAACAGAGAUAGACACAAUAGGACGUCGACCAACAAGAGGCGAUACAGCAAACGGUAUCAAACCUUGAACACAUUAGCUGUGAAUGCUUCGACAGAACCAGAACGAUUCCCACUUACCCAUAACAAACUUUGAAAAACCCAUAAUAGCCAUAUUCACAUAGCGAUUUCCUGGUAAGGCAUCGGCAUUGAAAUAAAAUCCAAAUGAUACCACUGAAGAGGAGACGAAACAGUAACAAAGAGCAAAAAGUGGAAUGUACACCGAAGAGUGACUGAAAAGAUCCGCAUAUGUAUACUUUCUUGAUAGCACUUUCGCGCUCGCUGAAGAUAUAGCUGGUUCUGAGAAACCUAGUAUUUCCCACCACUGCCAAUCUGAACCAACGAUUCACUCGACUGACACUAGAAGGGAAAACGGCUUCAACAAACCUUUUAUUGAAUCCGCGACUUCAGGGUCACUAGACACCACUCGAAUUGCCACCGAAUGAGCCUCUGUAUUGCGAUGUACACUAGCUAACCAACGGCAGCUUUCAACAACCCAGAUUUGAAAAGCCAUAAAUGCCACCAAAGCCAUUGCUGAUGUGAGAAGAUGGAAAAGAAACCAGUGCCUAGUAAAUCGAGCAAGCAAGGCAACGAAAAUCAUUGAGAAACUCCAUCCGUUAAGUGAAACUCCUAGAAGUCGUGAGCCAGGAUGAUCGAGACUUUCCACAAGUAAGACGAGAUUGGUCACCAUAUAUCCACCACAUCCUGCACCGAGUGUAAACAUGAAUGCAGCUGACAUUACCCACGAUACGGUAGCGACAAUUGAAAAAACACCAUUAAUAAUGCAGACGAGUAACAGACAACCUUUCAAUACCGGCAGUCUUCCAUAUGUAUCCGCAAGCCAUCCAGCCGUGAAAGAGCCCGUCAGUGCUCCAGCCAUUAGACUUGUGGACAUGAAAGCUGUCAAUGCUGAUUGCUGA